ACCAAAAAACAAGGACGUAAGCAAAAUUGGAGACUAAAAGAAAUGGCGAGCUCUCUGUUGUCGGUUUAUCGCUUUCUUCCCUCGCGAAAAAAGGAAAAUGUAGGAUACGUUACUGACAUCAAGACAUCGUUGUGCGGACAAGUACUGUGUGAUCCCAAUUCUUUGAGAAGAGAGAUAGCUACUCGCCAUGGAAGCCGUCUUGUGGUUUCCUCACUGCUUGGAAGGAGAGUCAAGACCAGAGAGACUGUGAUUCCCGACCCAGAUUACCGAAUUCCAAUUGUUUUGCUCGGUAUAACUGGUGGGUUGGCUUACACAAAUAAUGUGGUUCCUGCUAUCCCUGUUGUUCUCCUCGGUUUGCUUCUGUUAGUCCAGACCACUAGAGUUAGAUUCGUUUUUGAUGAUGAGGCUCUGGCGGUAAAGGUCGGUGACGAACUCAAGGAAUCAGGUGAAAAUGUCUUUGUAGGUGGGAAAAACCGUUGGAAGUAUUCAACAUUUGUUAAUUGGGAGUUUUGGUGGCCUAACUUCCCUAUCUUAGUGUACUUCAAGGAGAAACAAACAAAGCCCGAGGGACAAAUUCAUUUCUUCCCUAUAAUCUUUAAUGGGAAGCAACUUUACGAUGUCAUGGUGGAAAGAGCUGGCUCUUCCCAAAACAGUGGACCAAAAGAAUCUUAAGGAAUAAGCUUUUGUAUCUGAGUUACUUUCAUUCUAUAGAUCCAAGGUACAACAAAUUCUGUGACCCUGUACAGGUUGAAGUUAUGUAUUAUGUCUAUCUUAUGUAAGAGUAACUUUAUACUGUGUAAUAAAUAAACUUCAUUUUACAUUUAAUGCGGAGGGCUCCAUUUGAAAUCACAAUUAUAUUGUUUUAAUCUUCUA